AUCUCAGUCUUGUCCAGAGGGUAACAUUCCAGAGGGCCAAUGGCCUGCUCAUCCAGAAGUAAAGGAUGAGUCCCAGCCCCCAGGCUCAUUCAAAUACCAGCCUUUUCUGGGUCCCAGUUUGACUCCCUUCUACAAGUGUUUGAUACAUUUUUUUCAUCAAACAGAUGAAAUAAUUUUCAAAAUGUGUUUAGUGUUUACUCAGUCUUCUGGAGUAGUUAUCUACCACACUCGCUGGAGAGUGAGUUUUGUCCAUUCUUUGCAGAUUUGCUCCAGAUUUUUUAAGUUUGGUAAGAUGACGCUUCUGGACUGCAAUUCUCCCACAAAUUUGUGCCACAAAUUCUUGAUAGGAUUGAGAUCAGGACUUUGGCCAGGCCAGGACAUAAACCUUUUUUGCUCUUGAGCAACUCCAGUGUUGCUUUGGCCUUGAAAGGAUUGUGAGGAUCUCAGUCUUGUUAUAGCAGGAUAAAGCAGUAUUUCCCUGCAUUUGGGUCCAUCCAUUCUUCCUUCCCAGUUUUAACAAGAUGCCCAGUCCCUGUUGAUGAAAAGCGUCUGAAGGGUCAGAAUAGUUUUUGUAAAGCAUUGUAUUUUCUUACAUUAAACAUUGCUUAGGAAAUUUAAAUGGUUGCGUUUCUAUAGCUUCCCUAAACUGUCUUUAGUAGUGCCUGACAUUUCAUAUCAUAGCAAGCAUAUGUUCCGCUGGACGACUUCGAGCCAAUAAGUUAGCUUGUCUGUAAUAGCCCAGCUGGAAAUAUCCCAAGAAAAUAAUAACAGUGAAUAAAACGACUACGAGUUUUUGGUUAAUUACAGACCACGUCCACCCUCCCUCCCCCUCUCGCUGUGAAAUAUGCAAUUCCAAACACCAUUAAACAAUUUAUGCAAAUAUGUUUUUGUCUGACGCCUGCACUACUCUUGUGCAACCUGUUGUGGGCCAGUGACUAAUGGUACUUACGGGCAAAUCGCUAGGAGACAACAGUAUAAAUAAGCUAGACAGGCUGUCUCUGACCCCACUUGGUUUUACGCACUGCCUUUGAUGACUAGAAGCGCCGGAACAAGAGCGUAAAAACGUCCUAAAAGAAAAUAAUAAACCAGAAAGUUAAACUCUAAACGACAAAAAAAUAUAUAUAUUUCUGUGUUGGGAAGUAAUUUUCACAAAAUGUCAGUGGUGAGCGCUCUGCCUUUCCUCAAGCCCGGCCGCCAGCGCCGGCACACGCUCCCGGCUAGCGAGUUCCGCUCGCUUAGCCCAGAGGACGCUAUCAGCGUGUUCGAAAUCGAGAGGGAAGCGUUCAUUUCUGUGUCAGGAGAGUGCCCGCUUCACCUUGACGAGGUGCGUCAUUUCCUCACUCUGUGCCCCGAGCUGUCCCUCGGCUGGUUCGAGGAGGGGCGACUGGUGGCUUUCAUCAUCGGAUCGCUGUGGGACCAGGAUAAGCUAAACGUGGAUGCGCUGACCUUGCACAAGCCCCACGGCACCACCGUGCACAUCCAUGUGCUGGCGGUGCACCGCACCUUCCGGCAGCAGGGCAAGGGCUCCAUCCUGAUGUGGCGCUACCUGCAGUACCUGCGCUGCCUGCCCUACGUGCGCCGCGCCGUGCUCAUGUGCGAGGACUUCCUGGUGCCCUUCUACCAGAAAUCCGGCUUCAAGGUGCUGGGGCCCUCGGACAUCACCGUGGGGCCCCUGACCUUUGUCGAGAUGCAGUACCCCGUCCGAGGCCACGCCUUCAUGCGACGCAACAGCGGCUGCUGAACGACCCCCCCCCCCCGUCCGGGACCCGAUCCGCACGCGUCUCAAGGCGAACAGAGCGGGAGGAGCCCGUGACUCAAUUUUGGGGAGCGUACAGUCCGGGGAACGUACAGCUUCUUGUUGCCGUGGGCUACAGUAGUGUAUAUGUGUGUUUGUGUGUGUGGGGCUAGCUAUUUCUCGGUGUUGUGCAGUAGAGUAUGUCUUUAUGCCUUGUGGAUGUUACGGAAGUUAGAUGACCCCCCAACAGAGACAGGAAUGGCUCUUCCUAGCUCUUCACAUGUAUUAAAUUUGUUGCUGCUUCAUGCUCCUUAACUUAUCCCAUCACUAGGCAGUCCAGUUCCUCACCCAAUCAUAAUAGAGUAUCUUCAGUUUAUUCAUAAUAUUAGAGAUCCUCGUUACUCUGGGUAAUACUUAAAGGUAUAAAAGUAGUUAUUUCAUUAUUGUAUCAUAUAACAAUCUUUUUUUAUACGCACAAAAAUUCUGUUUAUUUCCCCCCCCCCUCCAA